GUCUUUUAUUGGCUGAGGGAGAGCAGGGAGGCCCGCCUCAAUGAAGAUGGCGGCUCGCAGGGUGGGCGCGCCGCUCUGAGGCGCUGCGGAAAGGUGAUGGCGGGGGUCAGAGGCGGGGGGGACCCCCGGGAGCCUCCCCGAAAUCUUCAGGGUCUUUUAGAGAUGGCGGUGGCGGCCACCGGGCCUCAACCGGAGCCUCGUGAGCCGAUGGGCGAGGAGCGGCAGCGCUGGCUGCGGGCGGCCGUGGCCGAGGCUCUGGGAGGCACCGGGCAGGAGGUGGAGGAGCUGCGGCGCUGCCUGGAGGUGUUGGCCCGGCCGUGUCCCGGGGAAGAAGCGGCCGAAAGGGGCCCGGGAGAGACGGCGUCCCACGAACGGGCCUUGGAGGUCCUGGCAGAGCUGUGUGAGAGCCUCGAUAACGCGACAGAUUUCUGUGCCCUCGGAGGACUGGAGGUGGUGUUAGGACUGCUGGGACAUCCAUGGGCCCCUCUGCGUGCCGGGGCUGCUCGGGUGGUGGGAGCGUGUGCCCAGAACCUGCCGGGAGCCCAGGGGAGGGCGCUGGCACUGGGGGCCCUUCCUGCCCUCCUGGAGUGUCUGCGGGGGGACCCUGAUCCCCGUGUGCCCCCCCGUGCCCUCUUCGCUGUGUCCUGCUUAGUGCGGGCUCAAGCUGAGGGCCUGGCCCAGUUUGAGAGCCUAGGGGGACUGGAGGUGCUGGGAGGGGCCCUGCAGAGCCCCCAGGCCCCUCUGCGUGCCCGAGCUGCCUUCCUGCUGCACAGCCUGUUGCGUGAGCACCCCCACCUCAAGGAACCCCUGUGUCGCCUGGGGAUGGUGCCACAACUUGUGGCUCUCCUGCGAACGGAGCACGAUGGUGCCCAUGAGCACAUCCUGGGAGCACUCUGCAGUUUGGCCUCAGAUUUCCCGAGGGUGAUCCAGGAGUGCCGUGUCCCCGACCUGAGGAUGGAAGAGCUGCUGCGGGAGCGCCGGUGCCUCCUGCAGGGCCGUGAGGAGUUCCAGGAGGAGUUGGAGUUCUGUGAGCGACUGCUGCAGCUCUGCUUCGAGACCCCCACUGAGGAGAGUACAAUGGACCGGUGACCAUGGAAACCCCCCGCCCCCCAAAUCAAGGAGAGCACCAUGAGACCUCCCCCCACAAGUUAAGAGAGCACCGUGGGACUCUUCCUUAGAAACGUCCUGCCAAGAACAGAAAGAACCAUGGGCUGGUAACCAGCGUGGGGGGGUAAUAAAGGUUUCACUCCUGUUCA